GUACACGGCUCUCGGUUGUUCAUCUCUCCUCGCGUCAAUGCUAUUGAUAUCAGCGGCUUGCAAUGUUAUGUAUACUCUCAAGCAAAGCCUCUUACACCGGCCACCAAUUGCCACCGUGGUCAUGACAUGAGGUUGCUGGACGUCCAAAUCUCGACGAAACGUCAAUUUGGAUCGUUCCCGCAGGCGUGGGAACCCAAGAUUGAGGGCCGAUGGUUAUUAGACAGGUCCGAGUACCACAGCACCACCAUCGACGCGGUUCACCACCACACAAACCCCAAUUUCUCCAACUCGCUUGUCGUCCCUUGCGUCUUGCGUCUUGCUUUUUGCCCUCUUGAGUGCGGCUCCGACUAA